UGGGCAUGUCUGCCCUUCAGUUGAGAAGACGUCCUGCGUGGGGGACGACGCACGGCCGAAGACGGGCGUUUUAUUUUUUUUUAUUCAAAGGACAUUUUCUAAGGCCACCGGGUGAUACGGACUUUAUCACCCCCACGACUAUCUAAAAACAGAACAAUUAUGGGAUGGUAAAGGCUUUUCUCCAAACACCAACCUACCACCAUCAAACAUCAAGAUGAAUCUAUAAUUCGAAUCAGGACAAAUAUCUUAGACCAUCCCCUCCCCAUUGAUUAAUUUUCUCCUCAAUUUUUUUUUUUUUUUAAUCUGCUAGUUUUAUUUUAUUGAGUUUUCAAACUAGUCAGAUAAUAUUUAAUUUAUUAUUUAAAAAAAAAAUUAAUUUACUCUUUACUUUUUUGACGUGGUCAUAAAUGCGAAGUUGGAACAACGGUAUUUUUAGAAGUGUUAACAAGGCUUGGUCAUCCUCUUUGCAACGGCAGAGGAUAUUAUGAAGUAUCGAGGCGUAGGAACAUUGCCCUCUUCAGUUGCACAUUGGCUGGAGCAACAAUUUGAAGAGAGAGGGAUAGACCGCGUUGUUUACUCUAGAUACAUCAGUAAUCUCUUUCAAAGAAAUGAUGAAGAGCUUACUGACAUUCCUGUCCUAGCUAAGGGCGGUGAAUUAGAAGGACUAGUCAAUGAAUUUUGGGUUAAAUUGAAAGAAGCCGAUAAAGAUGGUAAUAAAUGCUUAAAGGAAAAAACUAAUUCUGAGGAUAUUUUUAAUCUAGAACUGCCGCUUUCCGCACCAGAUCAGUCAAUAAAAUAUUAUUCGGCAUUUCCAGCGGUGUCUAAAGAGCACGAAAGCUUUUGCCUUGACACAGUUUGGGCACGGAACUUCAACAGGCACGUGGGGAAAAAGCAAGAAUUCGAAGGGAGUCCUAAGUGUUCAAAAAGGAAGGACAACAAGGAGAAUGUCUGCGGAGUGAUGAGGAGUAGGAUGAGGUCUAGAUCAAUGGUCAAACAGCCAGGAGGAAAUCGCCACAAAAUGAGGUCAUCUGCCAAAUCUUUAGAUAGAAAGGAUGAUGAACUUAUUGGGUGUGUGAAAAAUGAGAAGAAGGGAAGGAAAUGUCUUAAUUUUGUUUCCAAUGAGGUCGAGGGCACUGCUGCAAAAUUGUCUCGAACUCCUGGUCGUGAAAAAAUUGACAUAAACGAGUUUGAUCAAGAUUUACCUAUGGAUUUCCAACAGCUUCUUCAAUCCCCUGACGAUUCUUCUUUGUACAGACAUCCUAAACAAAACCAACCACAGCCUAAUUUCAUUCAGAGUGGUACCAACUUGACCAAUUCAAUUUGGUCUGAGAGGAUGGAAGAAGAUGAAAUGCCUACAUGGGAUAUGAAUAAGUGGAGUGAUGCCAGAAGUUCAAUACUUUCGUCUGCUUGGAAAUUGCCAUUUACUUAUGAGAAAGAUGUCGAAAGCACCAAUCUUUCUUUAGCCGAUGAAGGCUCUUUUUUCUCUUUCUUUGGCUCUAGUAUAUCAAAUCUAAAGAACACAAGUUUGUCUGAAGCAUUUUCAAACCAGCUUCAGGAUGAAAAGAAGACGGUAGUUCCAAAAGUUUUGAACAAAUUUCAAAAUGAAAAUCUUUUGACAUCUAUGAGGACUCACUUCCGCCCAAUUAAGUACGAUGGUGAAGCAGAACCACAAGGCCAAGGUUAUAUUGAUGGCUCUACUUUCUUGAUCUCUACAAAUUUAGAGCAACCGAAUUUUAAAAGAAGUGAAUCAGGUGGUUUGUACUUGGGCUCAGAAAACAAAUACUAUGAGUUCAAAAGGAGUGAUUCUGCUAUGUCAUCAGCUGAUGGGUGUUUUGUGCCUAAAUUCAAGGUUUAUCAAAGCGAGAAAUUCUGCCAGACGGAUGAUGAAGAUGUCCAGCCUUCAGAAUUGGAAGACAAUGAAUCCUCCGCGAGCAAUUUCUUUUUCCCGGGAGAUGACCAACUUGCUGAAGACAUGGUGAACAGUGCUGAAGAAGAAGACCAGCCCGCGGCUAUUCAAGUCAAUGGCUGGGUUACGACGUGGCCUGUUUCCGAGUCUGGCAUUUGGAGUAAUACUCAAGAGAAAAUAAACCCAUGGAUUUUUGAUUCUGGCAACGCUAAAUUGGAUAAUGAUAUAGAUGGAAAAAAUGAACGCUACGCUCGGCUUCGCAAUGAAUUGACUGAAGAAGGUGAAGAGCUGUUAUCAGACCUUAGUUCCAUACAUUUGUUUCUUGACCCAGAAAGAAUGGACGAUUCAAACCCAAUAAUUCAAUCUCAAAACUGUUCGCCGAAAAUGCAUAUUCAACCGUGCUCGAUCAAAACUGGAAAUAUAUCGAAUGAACCUUUCUUUUGAAACUGCAAAUUUGGAGUGAGAACAUAUGGUAACUUCACAUCUUGUGGCAGCAAUUAUAUAUUAUCAUCUUAAGGUGUAAUAUUUGAUUACUGUUUUCUUACAAUAGAAAAGUCCUAUGCUUAAACAAUUUCUAUUAAUUUUUAAUAAUAUUAUAUAUUAAAUUGUUUAUUUUAAUAACUCUGCGGCUCGACGAAUGGGGUAUUGAGUAUUGAUGAUAUAAUUAAAAGUAAAAGCAAAAUAGAAAUGUUUUAAUUUUUGUUGUUGUGGAUUAUGGUUUGGUCUUUGGGAGAAAAAAAAGGUUUUGAAUGUUUGCUGGUGGAUGUUUUCUAUUUGUGAAAUGAUUUGUUAUUUUCUUUUAAAAUUUCUACAAUCAGUUAACAUAAAAACAAUAAACGUAUACAAAUUUG